AUGAAUCAACCACCUCUUUCUAUGGACUCAAGCUAAAUUAAUCUUUUAAAAAAUUUAGAUGACAUUGAUGAUAUCUUUAAUGGGUUAGCAUAAGAUGAUGGAGCUUAAUUAGAUUAAGAUUUUGAAGAUUUCUUAGAAUGUUUCAGUGAUGAUGAAGAUUCCGAAGAAGAAUCAAAUUUUAGGCCAUUCCCUAGUUUUAGAAAUGUAACUCCAUCAGUUUAAUUUUCAACUUUUGCUGAAUCAGAUUAAGUUAUCAAGAAAUAAACAGAAGAAAAACUUUUAGCUCCUCCUGGAGAUCAUUAAUUCCCUGUUUAUGAUGAUCAAUAAUAAGAAGACUCAGUUGAUGAAGAUGAUGACCUUUCUGAUUUUUUUGAUAGCUUUGGUAUUUAGAAAUGGUUUAUUUAGAUAUAAAUAAUACUCACUAAAAUAAAGAAGAUGAAGUAAAUUAUAUCGAAAUUAAAUAUUUUGAUGAGACUUAUAAAAUCCCAAUCUUUACAGCUAAAUUAUUCGAACCAGAAUAACCUCUAGAAGAUAGAUUACUCUUUGAAAAUACUGAAUUAGUUUUAUGUAAAACAGAAAUGCAUGAUUUUCAUAAACAUUUAGAAAGCAUUAUUACUAAAGUAUUACUAUAUGAAAUAUUUUGAAAGGAUCAAAAAAGUUUUAAUGUUUUCACAUUUUCUGUGAUGAUUUUAAAAAUUCAAUCUGUUUUACUGGCUGAAAUUCUUAAAUCCUUUCAAAAAGUAUUGAUUAAAUAUGAUAAAUUAGAUGAAAGAUUCUUAAUAAGUAUGGUUGGAUACUUCCCCAUCCUUUAUUUGUUAAGAGAAAGUAACUUAAUUUGGAAGAUAAUUAAAAUUAUUUUAAGAAUCAGUCAAUUAUGUUAUUGAUAGUAACUCCAAUAAAAUUACUAGUAGAAGAUUUUUUGAUAAAUAAAAACCAGCAUAUUUUCAAGAUAAAAAGAAGGAAAAUAAAAAGAAAGAAUUAACAGAAGAAGAAAAGUAUAUAUCAUCAAUAAUUAUUAGAAUAUUGGAGCUAUAAUAAAUACCUUAUAAUUAGAAUUUCAAUCCUCAAUCUAGUUUAGUUUGUAUUCUUUUUUUUAAAGCUUAAGCUUUAUUUGAAUCCAUGGUAAUAGUUCUUACAUUACAAAAAGAACUCUGAAAAAUAUAAAGAAGUAUUAUUAAUAAUAAAUGUGUUUUAGAUUUCUAAUAGAUUUGCUUAAUUAUAUGGACAUUGGAAAACAGUGAAAUUAUUGAAAAAAUUUGCUACAUUUACAGCCAGAACAAAAUAAGUUUAUAAUAAACCACUAAAAGGAGAUGAUUAAUAAGAGCUGAAAGAAGAAUUAAAACUCUUCUAAAAUUUUUUAUCAAUGAAGACCUUAGGAAUAGUUAAUAAUUUAACUUAAUCUCCAGCUCUAAAUACAUAAAAUGGAUAAUUAAAAAUAAAAUCACUGAAUCAGAUAAGAAUACCUUAAAAAUAGAAGUACAUUUCUUAACCUUAUCUCAAAUAUACAUAAGAAGUAUUUUGA